AUGUCAACCAGCAACCAGCGAGGCGAAGCAAGCGACUUUACAGAACCUGUCAGGCUUGAAUGCGGGUGUACGGUCCUAGCCUGCUGGGCAAUGAGCUUCAAGCGCCUUUGCAGCUGCCUGCGCUCUCCAAAGGAACCUGGCCGGCAGGCAGGGGAGGCUGAUGGUCGGCUGCCCCGGGGUAGACGGCUGUCGAACCGAGUCGUGCAGAGCAUGCCAAGCCGCAAUGUCAGUAAAGCGUUGAAUGACAAGACGGGCCUUGAAGCGCCACCUCCAAAGGACCAGGCCCGAGCAGCUGCAGCUUCUCAGAUGAGGAAGGGCGCGGUGCCCAGCGCCUCCGUGGUUGAAAGCUCCCCAUUGGUGUCUGCGAAGGCAGCCGGACCUCAACCCGAAGGAGAAAGGACAAGCCAAGAGAGCUCGCCUUUGAAUUCAUUGCAGAUGGCAAAACCAGUCCAAGAGCACCUGGCUGUCUCUGGCAACCACAGCGUGCAGAUCGAGAGGGCGCUGAAGUACCUCACCUGCUGGCUAGAUGAGACAUGGGUCGCGCAGCACAACGAUGUUGCCUACUACUUCCGAUUGCCGAUGGCCUUCAUCGAAGCCGGGCGUGAGGCUGAGGCGCGAAAAGCGUUGGACAUUGCUUCUCAGUUUGUUCUGGCAAAUAGAACGAGUUCGCAGAGGCUUUCUUCUGCCCACCCGCAGUACCCACUUCUGUGGGUUUGCGAAGCAGCCGGUCGGCUUGGCCGGAAUGAGCUUGCAAUGAGAUGUGUGGAGGAUAUCUUCAGAUACAGGCAUCCACUAACCAACAGCGGCUUGCUGUCCGAGUACACCUGGAAUGGAACCUAUGAGGCAGACUUCUUUGCGACUGCCGUGGUUGCUAAGGCUGCUGUGCUCAGUGGUCACGAAGCUGUCGCAAAAGCAGCAGCAGACUCGCUGCUGCGUGCUGUUGACGCGAACAGGAGACACAUGGCGGCUGGCCACUUUUUCCUGCGCUGGACGUGGGCUGAUGGCUUCCUGGAGCGAGCCGACGACCCGCUAUACUGUGUUAGCACGCUGGGCGACCAACAGCUCUAUUUUUUGCUUGGCUUACCCUCAGUCGUGCUGCUGGAAGUGGCAGCAUCCUUCAGGUGUAUUGCGGACUCCGCGAAGAAGCAGUACCAGACUGCGGCACAGGAGCUGUUACAGUACCUCAAAGGCUGCAAGCACUUGUUCACAGCCUCCACGUCUUACACGUGUGCGACGGCUGCUGCUAUGCUUGGUGACCGAGAGAGUACCGAGCGCAUGAGGAGCCGCAUGAUUGCACUCCAGCUGGGAGACGGCAGUUUUCAAUGUGAGACCUCUGAGCUGGACGUGGUACAGCAUACGGCGGAAAUCAGUACUUGCUUGUGCCGCAUGGAGGGCUUUGCGCACGGGAAUGUGCUUGACAUCGAUCUCAAGUUGGCUGAAAGUCCUGCGAGCCCAUCGAGUUGCUCUCUUAGACCAGGCAGCGGGUUUAGGGUUUAG